GACCGAAGUAAAAGAGAAGCUCAUCAGGGGAGGGGUUGUUUGGAAAUCGGAAGCAUCAAUGGCAACGGCGGAGAAGAAGAAGAAGAAGAACAAGGUGAAGGAGGGGCAUAAUCUUCUGGGUUCGCCGACGUUCGAAGAGCUCGAGAACGGUCGAUUCAAAUGCUUAGAAACCGGCCAUGAGCUGGCCGCCAAGGACAAAGAGUCGUACAGUCAGAGCAAGCGCUGCCGAUUGGGUCUUAUUGAUGCUGCUUUAUCUCAGAAAAAACCUCCUCUCAACAUGUUCAAACAAGACCCUCUCUGUAGAUCAAAGUUAAUAUGUAAACUAACGGGGGAUACCGUCAAUAAGUCUGAGGAACAUAUAUGGAAACAUAUAAACGGGAAAAGGUUCCUUCAUAAAUUGGAGCAAAAGGAAGCAGAGAAUCCAACAUCAAAUGGAAUGGCUGUAGAAGAUGCUAAGCAGCUACCUCGCAAGCUGUCAAAACCAAGUGCCAGUGGUUUGAAGAAGGAUAGAAAGAAAGGAGUUCAGAAGGAUGACUCUCAGGAAAUUAGGCCUAUUGAUGACGGUAAUUUGGUAGAACCUGACUUCUGGACCCCUCCUGUGGGAAGCCGUUGGGACUUUGAUGAUGGGGGAGAUCGAUGGGGUUCUGGUACAGACUCAGAGCAAGAAAGUGAUGGAGGUGAUAUAGUGGCAGAUGAAGAUGGUGGUAUCAAGGCUGAGGAGCUCUCUACACGGACAAAGAGAAUGUCCAUAGAAGUUGGACCCAGUAGCUUUGCUUCCAGAAAGAAGAAGAGUAAGACCAUCUCCACACAAGAAAAAUGUCCAUGAUAAGCAGAUAAGAUGUUUUUCCAAUCAAUGUGUCAUCAGAACGAAGUUUACUUUGAGCACUUAUCAUUCUGUCAAGGUCUUCUACGAGGCUGAAACUUACAUGCGGACAAUGGUAGAGGCUAUACCGCUAGAGAAUGUGCAAAAUAUGCAUUUUGAACCGAUUUACUAUAAAUGAAGUUGAUUUACUUGCAUGGUGAUUUAUGACAAGAAGUCAUUUUUUGGUCA